AGAGAAUGAGAAAGAAAUAUGAAGGGUUGCUAUCAAGCACCUACCUGCACCCACGUGAAGUGUCACAAUACCGGAGCUUGGGGCUAACUUCAUAUUCAUAUCCCCUCACUUUCACAGCUUCUCUGCCUCCCACCACCUGUGCUUCGCAUCCACUCACUUCCACAGUUCCAAUUCUCUUUUUUUUUUUUUUUUAAGCUGCCCUGCACUUCACCUUUUUCCCCCCUUAAAAAAGAUGAAGAAAAACUUUUGUCUCCAAUAAAUACCAGCUACUAGCGUGAUAUUUCAGCGUCAGGUAUACCGAGGGUACUUCCUUCUGUUGUAGUUAUGUUUCCUUCAAGCAACACUUACGACCCUUUUCCCUUAACGACCCAUACCAUGCCUGGAAGCUCUUUUUCAGGCGAUAAACAAGCUGCAGGCUCAUUACUGGAGGAUCCUCCCCCUCCUUUCUGGCACUUUUCUGCACCCUUUAUUGAUGAUGAUGCUGAUGGGUUGCUUAUGAGUCACCUGCUAUCCCCAGGGCAGCAACAAAUCUUGGGCUCCAGUAGCAACAUGGCGCCACCGGAUUCUGAGAUUAAUGCAGCUUCUCCAAUAAAGGAAACCAAAAAGGUGACCACCAACAGGAAGAGAAGUGCCAAUAACGCAGCAAAGCAGGGGAUUCCUCGAAAGAGAACCGGAAAGAAAGACAGACACAGCAAGAUCUAUACAGCUCAUGGUCCAAGAGAUCGGCGUAUGAGGUUGUCACUUCAAAUUGCCCGUAAGUUUUUUGAUCUUCAGGAUAUGUUAGGCUUUGACAAAGCAAGCAAAACUAUAGAAUGGCUCUUCUCUAAGUCCAAGGCUGCUAUCAAGGAACUCACUGAAAACCUCCCCGGAGUGAAGCACAGCUGCAGUGGAGGUGGAAAGAGCGUGUCAUCUACCUCAGAAAGCGAAGUGGUAUCAGCAGCCAAAGAGUGCGAGGACAAUAUGGGGGACCAGCAAGUUGUUAUAGCAAGAGGUGAAUCUAUGAGUGCAGCUGCAGCAAGAGAGACAAAGGAAAGAAAAUCACGUAAAGUUUCAUUCAAUCCUGUUGCUAGAGAAUCCAGGGACAUGGCGAGAGCAAGGGCAAGGGAGAGAACUAGAGAGAAAAUGAAGAUGAGAGGACUUGAAAAAUCAAUUACGAGUUCGGAUGAGCCGAACCCUAAUGAAUUGGGCCGGUUGCAGUCUUCGAGUCCCCUUGAAGCCGGUGAAAAUUCAGGUCCCUCUACUCAACCAAACUUUUGUUGCAAGGUAGUGGCCGAGGAAGAAGAACAACACCACCAAAAUACUUUACACUCUCUAGAACAUCAAAUGGAUUCUGUAAGCAUCAUUGAGAAAUUUCUGGGCAUCACAAGAUCGUCAUCCAUGUUUAAUUACUCACACAGCGUUGCAGAUUCAGAGGAAAAUUGUCCCGUUUUUCCUGGUUAUUGGGGCAUGAACAAUGAGAGAAUCCAAUACAGUUACUGUUCAAUGACAAACAUCAAUGAAUCAACAGGUAAUGCCCAAGAACAAAACCCUAGUGUAAUUUUCAUGACGGACCCAAAUGGGCAAGAGCAAAAGUCUAGUCCAAUUUUUUUGACCCAAGGGGAAAACCCUAGUUCAAAUCCCAUGGUCAACUCAUAUGCAAAAAUAAUGAACCAUAAUUCAGACUCGAUGAACCCCUCAAAUGCCCACGAAGGAAUAAGCCCUACUUCAAUUCUCAUGUCCACCUCAGACAUUGGUUUGCAUUCACAUUACCAAGAAAAUCCUGCUGUUGCCAGCAAAAACCGCAUUUUUUAUUAA